AUGGGAACCAAAGUGCCGGCCAAAGGUUGGGUGUCAUUCCUUGCGGUGUGCCUGGCGGGCCUCGCCGUGUUGUACCAAGUCGAGGUGGAGCAAGACCGCUGGGUUGCUUCACAAGUCAUCACGCUAAAGGCCAGUGCGGGUGACGCCUACCGCUUUGUCACCACCUCCGAAUACAUGAGCAAGUGGCUGCCAUUCGUAAGCUCUGUCCUCGAAGCCGAUGGCAAGCAGAUGUCGGUUGGAAAACAAUACCGAGCUACCUACGAGUUCCCCCUUUUAGGCGAGUUCCACACGUCGUACCACGUGGUGGAAUACGUGCCCCUUCGGAAGGUAGCCGUAGAGAGCGAGUCGUGGCUGCGUCCCCGCCUCGAGCUGCGCUUCGAGUCCAGCGGUGACGCCCAGUGUCGCAUGCACGUUCUGUACACGCUUGGUCCCGUGUUGCACUUCGUAAGCAACCAGCAACUCCAGCGUUCCCUGUUCCUGCUACGAAUGGUCUUCCCGCAGUGA